AAAAAAAAAAUCGAGUAACGCUACAUCGUCCCAACAGGAGGGGUGGGGGAGAGCUGUAUGUCUGAUGUCCCCAAACGGAUCAAAAAUAAGGGAAAGGAGGCUUUCGGAACUUUAUUAAAUAACUCCUCUGUGUCAGAGAAAUCAAGGCUCAGGCUCCGCUUGUGCAGGGAAACCGCUCCAGCCGGUGGGGGCGGCGGGACGGGGCUCCCGGUCUCGCGGGCGCGAGGGGGUCGCGGCGGGAAGUGGGGGAAGGGCGCGUGCUCGGGGCCGCCCCUCCCCCAGUCCAAGGGUCCGCUUCCCUCCGGGUUCGGGCGGCGGUCCUGCAGGCCCGACUCGCCGCGGGGACUGGCGGGGCAAGGACGCCGCGCCCCAGGGUAACCACAGUCAUCGCUCAGGCAACGGGCUCCGCACAAGAUGGCGGACGAUAAAGAAAGGGAACGCACAGCGAUAGCAGUGGCAGAAUUUCACAAAAAAAUCAAAGAGGCUUUUGAAGUGUUUGACCAUGAGUCGAAUAAUACAGUGGAUGUGAGGGAGAUCGGAACAAUCAUCAGGUCACUGGGAUGCUGCCCCAAUGAAGGAGAACUCCACGACUUCAUUGCGGAGAUAGAGGAAGAAGAACCCACUGGAUACAUUCGAUUUGAAAAAUUUCUUCCAGUGAUGACCAAUGUACUAACGGAAAGAAGAUACAGACCAAUUCCAGAAGAUAUCCUUCUUCGAGCCUUUGAGGUAUUAGAUACAGCUAAACGUGGGUUUCUUUCUAAGGAAGAACUGAUCAAAUAUAUGACUGAAGAAGGUGAGCCGUUUUCUCAGGAGGAAAUGGAAGAAAUGCUAUCUGCUGCAAUUGAUCCAGAAUCGAAUACAAUUCAUUACAAGGACUAUAUAACAAUGAUGGUGAUAGAUGAAAACUAAAUACUCUGAACAUCUAAUUUCUAAUUGAAAGGACAAUUUUAAAAAUUACUUGUCCUUGUUAAUCUACCUUUUAUCUUAUAAUUCCGACAUAUGCUAAUUCAUGCCGCAUGACAACUAUGUCAAGAUAGUUUGUUUUUUAAAAGAUGAUCAUAACAAUUAAAAAAAUUAUUUGUUAUAUAUCUUGCUGUGUGGAAUGACAAAUUGCUAAUUAUUUUAAAACUAUUCUUAAAACAUUUUAGUAUUAUCCAUGGAUUAUUAAUUUUCCACAAUAAAACCCAGGUUACCUUCAAAUUAA